AAGAAGAAGAAAGUGGCGUAAAGAAGAAGAGACGAGAGUCAACAUGGCUUCCCGUUUCUGAUCGCGGAGCUUAAACACCAACAAAGACCAAACGAACAGAAGUUUAUUUGUUCGUGUUUCACUUUAACUGUUAAUAUAUUUUAAUCUUUAAGGUUCCGGUUCGCUGUUUCCUGUUUCUAUCAGCGCGCAGCCGGAGUCAUGGAAACAGAGGAGCAGGCCAGGAACCGUUUCCAGUCGGAGCUGGAGUUCAUCCAGUGCUUGGCCAACCCAAACUACCUCAACUUUCUGGCUCAGAGAGGUUUCCUGAGGGAGCGACCGUUCAUUAACUACCUCAAGUACCUGCUCUACUGGAAGGAGCCCGAGUACGCCAAGUUCCUCAAGUACCCUCACUGCCUGCACAUGCUGGAGCUGCUGCAGUAUGAACACUUCCGUAAGGAGCUGGUGAACGCUCAGUGCACCAAGUUCAUCGACGAGCAGCAGCUGCUCCACUGGCAGCACUACUCCAGGAAACGCACCCGGCUGCAGCAGGCGCUGGCCGAGCAGCAGCAGCCGCAGCAGCAGGCGGCGCCGCACGGGAACGCCGCCGCCAAGUGAGCCGCUGCCCGACUGUCAAAGAGACGAGUGGGACAUGAGGGGUUAACGAGGCCCAUAUCCAUGUUGGACUACAUUCUUUCUUUUCUAAAGGUUCCUUUAAACCUGAGCGGACUUUUCUCUGAGAAUCGAUCGACCUGUCAGCGCUCUGAGGAGGACCUGACACAUAAUAAUUACUGUUAUUAUUAUUAUAAUUAUACUAUAUAAAUAAUUAUUAUAAUAAUUAGAGAAAGUCAUGAUGAAACAGCCGCUGGUGGGAGAUAUCUGUACGUUUAGAACUUCCUGUUUGGAAUUUCAAAUUAAUAAAAGGAAUCAGUUUGUUUAUGAAUA